AGAUAACAUAUAUGAAUACAAGUAGAGGAGGUAGUUUUAUUCCACAUAUUCUGGACCAUAAAACAUAAAAACGAAGAGGAAGAUGAUAAAGCCUCAUCAACUGCAGCAUCAAACACAGCACAACACCAAUCAAACCCUCCUGUUUCAUCAACGCCCAUUCGUCCAUAGAAGUGCAUCUCUUCCGCUAUGGUCAUGGAAGCAAGUGCAAAACCAAAAGCAGGUUAAGCGCCUCCUCCAACUCGUUCCUCCCAAUGUUCAAAGCAACUCUACUUCUUCUGCAACAACUGCAACAGAUACUGCAGAGAUUAAGACCACCACAGAAAAUGGCACUGCAGUGAAGCUUAAAGCUGUGGUUAAGGUUAAGAUAACUUCUUCUGGUUUUUUCUCCAGUCUGAGGUUAGACCAGAGAAUCGAUGAUCUCACGGAUUUGCUUGGUAAAUCUAUCCUCUUGGAGCUAGUUAGCUCCGAACUUGACCCCGAGACAGGGACAGAGAAGGAGACAAUAAAAGCGUACGCACACAAAGCAGGACGAGGUGAAGAAUCUGUCAAGUAUGAAGCUGAUUUCAAAAUCCCAAACGAUUUCGGAGAAGUCGGUGCUAUUCUUGUGGAGAAUGAGCACCACACGGAGAUGUUCCUCGAAACCAUUCUCCUCGAUGGUUUCCCAGAUGGUCCUGUUCACAUUGAUUGUUCCUCUUGGGUUCACUCCAAGUUCAAUUCCCUCACCAAACGGGUCUUCUUCACCAACAAGUGUUACUUGCCGUCGGAGACACCGAGUGGGCUAAGGAGAUUGAGAGAAGAGGAAUUGAGUAAUCUGCGGGGCAAUGGUGAAGGUGAACGCAAGAGCUUUGAGAGGAUAUAUGAUUAUGAUGUGUACAAUGACAUUGGGGAUCCUGAUCAUAGCCUUGAUCUGCAAAGACCUCCUUUAGGUGGCAAACUACAUCCAUAUCCGAGACGUUGUCGAACUGGCCGUCCGCAUAGCGAAGCAGAUCGGUUAUCUGAAAAGAGAACUAGACAAUUUUAUGUUCCAAGGGAUGAGUGCUUCUCAGAGGUGAAGGAGCUAACGUUCUCGACCAAGGCCUUACAUGCAGUGCUGCUAAUAUUGCUUCCAUCUUUGGGGAGUAUUAUGAGAGAAGGGGAGCUUUCUUUUUCAUUCUUUCACGACAUAGAUUCACUUUUCAGCGUUGGACUUGACUUGCCUCCUGAAAAUGAACCUGAGAAGGGAUUCUUAGGAACCAUGAUGCCUAGGCUCGUCAAAAGUAUUUCUGGUGAUAGCGGACAUGUGCUUCGCUUUGAGAUCCCAGAAACAAUGAACAGGGACAGGUUUUUCUGGUUCCGGGAUGAGGAAUUCGCUAGACAGACUGUUGCUGGUCUCAACCCAUACAGCAUUAAAUUGGUCAAAGAAUGGCCAUUGAGGAGUAAACUUGAUCCAAAUAUAUAUGGUCCAGCAGAAUCAGCAAUCACCUCAGAAAUGAUCAAUAAAGAGAUUGGAGGCAUACUUUCUGUAGAAAAGGCGAUCGAAGAAAAGAAGCUGUUCAUGCUAGACUACCAUGACAUAUUGUUACCCUUUGUAAGAAAAGUACGCAAACUCAAAGGAAAAUCACUCUAUGGUUCACGAACUUUGUUCUUUCUAAAUUCAGAGGGGACUCUGAGGCCUCUUGCCAUUGAGCUGACUAGGCCACCAAUGGAUGGAAAGGGCCAAUGGAAGCAAGUUUUCAGACCUUCUUGGCACUCAACCAGUAUUUGGCUCUGGAGGAUUGCCAAGGCUCAUGUUCUUGCACAUGACUCUGGCUAUCACCAACUUGUCAGUCAUUGGUUAAGAACUCAUUGUGUGACAGAGCCCUAUGUUAUUGCAACUAAUAGGCAACUUAGUGUGGCACACCCCAUAUAUAGAUUGUUACACCCUCAUUUUCGUUACACGAUGGAGAUUAAUGCUCUGGCACGGGAAGCCCUUAUCAAUGCUAAUGGCACAAUUGAGAGUUCAUUCUCGCCAGGAAAGUACUCUAUGGAGCUUUGCUCGGCUGCUUACGGUCUUGAAUGGCGAUUUGACAUGGAGGCUCUACCUGCAGACUUGAUUAGAAGGGGAAUGGCUGUGGAAGAUCCAUUUGCUCCUCAUGGGUUAAGGCUUACCAUUCCAGACUAUCCAUUUGCCAAUGAUGGGCUCCUUCUAUGGGAUGCUAUAAAGCUAUGGGUCACUGACUAUGUUAACCAUUAUUACCCUGAACCUAAACUUGUGGAGUUAGAUGAAGAGCUACAAGCAUGGUGGACAGAGAUUCGAACAGUUGGUCAUGCAGACAAAAAGGAUGAACCAUGGUGGCCAGUUCUUAAAACCCCAAAAGACCUCAUUAAAAUUCUCAACAUCAUCAUAUGGGUGACUUCUGGUCACCAUGCUGCUGUGAACUUUGGGCAAUACACUUAUGGGGGUUAUUUCCCAAACCGGCCGACAAUUGCUAGAACUAAAGUGCCCUCAGAGGACCCUACAGAAGAAGAGUGGAAAAAGUUCAUUGCAAAACCUGAAAGGGCACUUCUGAAGUGCUUUCCCUCAAAACUGCAAGCAACUAGAGUCAUGGCUGUGUUGGAUAUAUUGUCGACUCAUUCACCAGAUGAGGAGUACAUAGGGGAGAAGAUGGAACCAUCAUGGGCUGAAAACCCUGUCAUAAAGGCUGCUUUUGAACGAUUCAGAGAAAGACUGAAGAAGAUAGAAAAAAUAAUAGAUGACAGGAAUGAAAAUCCAAAGUUGAAGAACAGAAAUGGAGCUGGCGUUGUCCCAUACGAGCUUUUGAAGCCAUUCUCCAAGCCUGGUUUGACUUCAAUGGGUGUUCCCUGUAGUAUAUCUAUUUAAAUUGCCUAAUGGUACAUAUUUUGGACACAUUUUACAGUAUUAAAUUAAUGCUAGUGUGCUUGAGCUUGAAUAGAACACAUAGCAUGUGGGCUUUAAAUCAAACAUAAGAGAGGCACAUUGUCACAUAAA